AUGUCUACAACUCCAUCCUCCUUCAAAGUUCCUUUCUCAGAAGAUUCAGAAGUAGAGGAACUAAUGCAAGACCAGUGCAAGAACCUGUAUUCUACUCUCCCCAGAGAGAGAUGGCAAGGUUCUUCUUAUCUGUACAAGUACAAUGGCUUUUGGUUUACUACUAACCAGUUGCCAGGGCUCGUUGAAGUCCAAAAGCACUUCCAGGCUCGAGACAGUGAUGUCCUGCUAAUCACCACUCCCUCGACCCUGAAUAUUCUUUCUGACAAUAUUUCCAAGAUUCAAGAAGACUGCUUGGAACCCACUGCCCGCUUGCGCUACUGCCUGAGGAGUGAGCAUGUCUGGUCGACUGUUUGGGAUCAUGUUUUAGAUUACUGGAAAGCAAGCUUGGACAAGUCCCGAAAAGAACUUUUUCUGAAGUAUGAACAAAUGACACAGGAACCUGCAUUUUACCUGAAACUUCUUGCCCAGUUCUUGGGUUGUCCAAUUUCUCAGGAGGAAGAGACAGCAGGAGCGGUUGAUGAGAUUUAA